CUCUCAUCAUUCUCACCGGGGGCGCCCCCCACUCCUCCCACAACACGUCCGUCCCUCUCAGCGACGACUCUAAAGAGCAGGCCGUGUAUUCGGGGCUAUUCCAGACGGCUCUGCUGCUCUUCAGGUUCACCAUCGGCAUGGGGGACCUGGAGUACAACGAGAACGUAAAGUACAGCGACUUAGCGAUGCUGUUGGUGCUGCUCUUUGUCAUCUUGACCUACAUCCUCUUGCUCAACAUGCUGAUUGCCCUGAUGAGUGAAACGGUCACCAACGUCUCUGGGUAUAGCCAAAGCGUCUGGCAGUUGCAGGUGAGGCCCCGUGAUUGGGACGGUGGCCAUUCCUGGCCCAGCAGGGGCUUAAAUGGCACCAGACCCAAAGAACCAGCAGAAGAGAAAUUUGUAGCUCGGGGUUCAACUGUGGGGUCCUUGGUGCUCUCUGCGCUGGGAGGUUUUCUUGAAGGCAUUUCAUGA